AUGACAAAUCUCGACGUCAGCAAUAGUAGCACGGAAAGUAGCUCAGGAUCUUCCUCCGAUUCGAGCAGCAGCGAGAGCUCUUCCACCAGUUCAGGGUCUGGCUCAAGUAGUUCGGACUCUGAGUCGUCAGCGUCUGAUACUCCAGCUGCUACCGCCACCACUACCCCACCUAAAUCACCUACAAAGGCAACCGAAGAACCAAAGAAGAAAGAAGAUCAGAAGCCUAGAAGAUCGUCUAAAACAAAGACCACAUCUUCAAGCGAGGAAGACGCGCCUAAACCGGCGAGUCCUAAACCCGCUCCACCUAGGAGAAGGGGGUCAGCUAAACCAAAAUCAGCUGCAACAGUCCUAGCUAAAGGUAAACCUGCACCUCGAACAUCGACUGGCGCCAAAGCAAAAGCAAUUUCGAAAACAAUACCUAAAACACAACCUAAAUCCGACUCCAAUACAUUAAAAAAGAAAAGCAUAUUUUCACCUGACAAUAGUUCAGAAUCGGAAUCUGAGAGCAAAGACAGUAAAUCAUCCAAAACAAGUCCGAAAGAUUCUCCUACUAACAAGAAAGUCACUAGAAAGGCGAGCAAUGAAAAAGAAACACCUCCUUCACCAACACCUCCUGCAGAGACAGAAGAUGUUACCACAAAAGAAAACACUAAAAGAAGAAGCAGUAGAAAUAGUGGUCCACCAGCUAAAAAAGCAGUGGAAGAUAAAAGUGCUUCAUCAUGUUCAUCAAGUCAGUCUUCUGUAGAGUCUGUUUCUUCAGAAAGUGACAGUGAACCAUCUUCAAAGAAAGAAACCUUAAAAACUGGAAAAACGAAGCCAGCAUCUGUUACAAAUAAGAAGGAAACAACUUCAAAAAGUGGGGACUCUGGCGAGUCAGCAGUGGGUACUAUGCCAAGGAAAUUGACCAGGUCAUUCUCAGCUCGAGCUAGCAGAUUGGCCAACACUUCGAGACCGGCGCAGACCGACACUGACUCAGAGGCUGAUGACAAGAACAAUGAGAAAAAUAAGGAGACGAAGAAAAAUUUGAAGGGGCGACCGCCUGUAGCUCGUUCUCCUAUAGUGGCAGAUACAGCGCCAGCUAUGCCAUCUGAAAGACGGUGCCCUGUAAGAGGCUGUGAUUCCACUGGACAUUUGGGUGGCAAAGCGAGUCGUCACUUCACGUGGGACGCGUGUCCGGUGUACCACAACGUGACGGCGGCUUGGUGCGUGGCGGCGGCGGAGGAACGCAGCGCGGCGGCGGCGGCGCGCCGGCGAGCAUUGCACGCGCUGCAGCAGCGCCCGCGCGCCAUGCCCACCAUCGAGCAGCGUGCCUACCAGCUCAAGGUCAAGGUACGUCCGUUGCACGCACUGCAGCAGUGCCUGCGUGCCAUGCCCACCAUCGAGCACCGCGCCUUCCAGGAUAUGCGUUCGAAAUGGAAAGGCAGCCAAGAGCUACGUGAGAAGUUGGCUGCAUCAAGCGAAGAAGUCAGCGAUGAAAGAGAGCCCGUAUUGGAAGGCUUCGCCCCCGAUUACGACUUGAGGCUGUUUAGGGAAGCUCAAGCACUGGCCGCCAUCAAAAUAGAGGAAGAGUUGGGAGACCUUCCGUCAGAUAAAGGCACCAGAUACGUGGUGAUGGGGAAGUACAUGAUGGAGGUGUGGUACCAGUCGCCGUACCCCGGUGACGCGGCGCGCGUGCCGAGGCUGUUCGUGUGCGAGUUCUGCCUCAACCACCACAAGUGCGCCGCGGGCGCCGCGCGACACCGCACCAAGUGCGUCUGGCGCCACCCGCCCGGCGACGAGGUGUACCGCAAAGAUAACCUGAGCGUGUGGCAAGUAGACGGCCGGAAGCACAAGCAGUAUUGCCAGCAGCUGUGCCUCCUCGCAAAAUUCUUCCUUGACCACAAAACCCUCUACUACGAUGUGGAACCUUUCCUGUUCUACGUUAUGACCUGCGCUGACAACGAAGGCUGUCAUAUUGUUGGCUACUUUAGCAAGGAGAAGAAUUCAUUCCUGAACUACAACGUCUCCUGCAUUUUGACUCUGCCUCCGUACCAGAGGCAGGGCUACGGAAGGCUGCUCAUCGACUUCAGUUAUCUACUAACAAAAGUAGAGGGCAAAGUUGGGUCCCCUGAGACACCCCUAUCAGAUCUAGGUCUAAUAUCAUAUCGCUCGUAUUGGAAGGAAGCUUUGUUAAAAAGGCUGUGCUCGGCCACUGGACCUACACUUUGUAUCAGAGAUCUCAGCAAGGACUUGGCGAUAGCGUCGUCAGACAUCGUGUCUACACUGCAGGAGCGAGGGCUGAUGAAAUAUUGGAAAGGAAAACAUAUAGUUUUGAAAAAACAGAUGUACGUAGUCGUGUCUACCGGUAUUGCUUGUGAAGGAGUUGAGGGUUUUUAUACAGGAGGUGCUGGAGGAGGUGACUCGUCGAGCGGAACGCGCUCGGUGCGUGGACGCGGCGUGCCUGCGCUGGUGGGCGGGCGCUACGCCGCGCUGACGUCGCGCCCCGGCGCGGGGGACGCGCGCGCGGGGGCCGGGGGGCGUUCUUACCCCUCGUGCACGGAGGUCUCCCGAGGAGCCGGGAGGUGUUGCGGGUCCACAGGGUGUCGUUGGCGAGCCGAUGGGUGGGCACGUGCGACGCGCCCGCUCCACGCGUCUGCGCCGGCCGCGCCGGCCCGCCAGCAGCGCGGCGCGCGCGCUGCUCUAGCACACCUCGCCGUCUGCGCCCCCCUCCCCGCGAUCCGCGCCACCCUCGUGGCAGUAUCCGGUGUCGCACCGCGGCCGCCUCUGCGCCACGGUGCAGCUCCCGCAAUCCCCCGCUCACGUGCACGAGUACGACACUGCUUGAGCGGUACGCAAAGACAAGUACGUCCCUGGAUCUACAUCAAUAUUAUCUUGAAAAAUACAAGACUCACAUAA